AUGAGCAUGUACGACGACCAAUACUAUGCUUCACGCCGCUCACUUGCAACCCCUCCACCAUCUUUGACACCCCAUCACAAUCGAGCUCGCAGUGAUAGUUUCCGCGUCAGUCACGGCACCGCCAGCACCAAUACCAGUGUCUCCAGUGGACGGAUGUCGGAGGCCACCAAUAUCACCCAGCCGCCCUCCUUUUCAAAAAAGUUUGUCGUGGUGGGCGAUGGCGGCUGUGGAAAGACCUGUUUAUUGAUCAGUUAUUCCCAAGGAUACUUCCCAGAGAAAUACGUCCCCACCGUGUUCGAGAACUACAUCACCCAGACGACACAUCGGGCCACAGGCAAAACAGUCGAAUUAGCUCUCUGGGAUACAGCCGGACAGGAAGAAUACGAUCGUCUGCGUCCACUGUCAUACCCAGAGACCGAUCUACUGUUCGUCUGCUUCGCGAUUGAUUGCCCCGCUUCAUUGGAAAAUGUCGUGGACAAGUGGUAUCCUGAAGUCCUCCACUUCUGCCCCACAACACCCAUUAUCCUCGUUGGCCUCAAAUCCGACCUCCGCUCCAAGCGGACCUGCAUCGAACUCCUCAAGACCCAAGGUCUAACACCCAUCACACCGGAGCAAGGCGAGAAUGUAGCCCAACGCAUGGGCGCCACCUACACCGAGUGCAGCAGCAAAGAGAUGCGAGGCGUAGACGAAGUGUUCUCAAAAGCCGUGGACCAAGUCAUCUCCAUUGAAGAGGGCUACUCAGCCCAACAAACGAGCCGCAAUCGAAACAGUCGCAAUAAUAAGACUCCUACGACUUCAGGACCCCGUCCAGGAAAGAAGAUCAAGAAACGCACUUGCAAGAUCCUCUAG